UUUUGAUGGUUUUGUUUUUGUUUGUAUUCAUAAAAUAUCAUAAUAAGUUCUGAAAGGUUCUGUGGUUCGUUUGUUUGCAUAAGUUGUGUUACAGUUUUAUUCAUACCAAUUCUCCUUAGGGAGAGUAAAUGAUGAAUAUAUUCGCAGUUGUCAGAGUGCCCUCCAAAGUGUCCCACAUUGUCGCAGCCCGCAAAAUGAGUACGGCGGCAAAACCGAUUGAAGCCGCCAUUCGCGAAGGUCUUACCAACAAACUAUUCCCGGUUCACCUGGAAGUGGUCAACGAGUCCUACAUGCAUAAUGUCCCCAAAGGUGCGGAAACUCACUUCAAAGUGCUGGUGGUAUCGGAACAGUUCGAUGGUUUACCGCUGAUAAAGCGUCAUCGACUGGUUAACGAGGUCGUCAAAGAAAAGCUAGAAGGCAACUUUGUGCACGCUCUCUCAAUUGAAGCGAAAACUCCGUCGCAAUGGAACGAGUCAUACAAGCUGGAUCCUAGCCCGAAAUGUCUCGGCGGCUUCGGAAAAUGAACGUUCGGAGUAUCUAAUUCGUUUUUAGUUAUAGAAUAAAUUGUUGCGACAGUCGGAUGGAAAGUUUUAUUUACAAACCUGUUGUAGUUAGUCGUAUCAUCUAGAUGUUGUAGUUGUCCAGUCGAAGCUUACCGUCGUUUUCAGUGAAAUACA